CGAUGAUUUGAUUCCAGACUUAGUUCAGUCCAGCAGGCCUUCAAGGCAACAGUUUUAGCCUCAAUUUUCUUCAAAUCGAUCCCCAGGAGCGAGAAAUCGGACCGGCUUGGCAAGCAAGAGCUGCCUCGCGUAGUGAGGAAUCCGUCGUUCCAGCAUAAAAACACGAAUCUUAAAGCACCCCUUCCACCGAAAGAGAACCCCUUCCCGACCUCCUCCUCACACCCUUCUCCCCUUCCCCUCCCACCGCCGCCGCCGCGGAAGACACCGGACAUAGCAAGCAUACAAGCGCGAGAGAGGCUGCCGUAGCCACAGAUGGCGAACAAGCGGCAGCGAGAGGCGCGGAAGCGCUUCCGGGAGGCGAAUCCGGACCUCUUCCCUCCGCAGCCUGCCCCUUCUGCCGACGGCUCCAAAAAGAAGAGCAAGAAGAAUAAGAAGAAGAGCAUGUUCAAAAAGGUCAAGAAAGGCGGCACGGGGAGGUCGAAGCACCCGAUGCGGGUUCCCGGGAUGCGGCCCGGGGAGUGCUGCUUCAUCUGCAAAUCCACCGACCACGUCGCCAAGGCCUGUCCCGAGAAGGCCCUCUGGGACAAGAACAAGAUUUGCUUGCACUGCAGGGAGCGUGGCCAUAGUCUGAAGAACUGUCCUGAGAAAAGUGAGGGGAAUUUAAAGAAAUUUUGCUAUAACUGUGGUGAAUCUGGACAUUCUCUUUCCAAGUGCCCCAAGCCAAUUGAAAAUGGAGGUACAAAGUUUGCAAGCUGCUUUGUCUGCAAACAGCAAGGGCAUUUGAGCAAGGAUUGUCCUGAAAACAAGCAUGGCAUUUAUCCAAAGGGUGGUUGUUGUAAGAUAUGCGGUGAAGUUACACACUUGGCCAAGCAUUGUCCAAAUAAAGGGAAACAAGAUUUGAUGUCCUCCAGAGAUUAUGAUGUCAACAUGGAAGAACACUAUCAGGAAGGCCCUGUCGGUCACCAUGGUGGAGAUGACCUUGAGGACGACUUCAUUGAAGAAGAAGAACCGAAACCCACCAAAUCAAAGAAGGCAAAGCAACCAGGUUCAAAAUCGGCUGGAAAUGAUGAGAAGAACGCCAACACAAAGGCAAAAGCUAAACAGUCUCCAAAAAAUCUUGCGUCCGUCCGCGCCAUCGCCAUCGCGCCGCCUCCUCGCCACCGCACCGUCGUCGAGCCCGGCUGUGGAAACGAGACAAACCCGUCGACCAUGGCGAACUCGGCCUCGGGGAUGGCCGUGAGCGACGAGUGCAAGCUCAAGUUCCAGGACCUCAAGUCCAAGCGGAGCUUCCGGUUCAUCACGUUCAAGAUCGACGAGCAGACGCAGCAGGUGGUGGUGGACAGGCUGGGGCAGCCGGGCGACACCUACGAUGACUUCACCGCCUCCAUGCCCGACAGCGAGUGCCGCUACGCCGUCUUCGACUUCGACUUUACCACCGACGAGAACUGCCAGAAGAGCAAGAUCUUCUUCAUCUCCUGGUCCCCGGACACGUCGAGGGUGAGGAGCAAGAUGCUGUACGCGAGCUCCAAGGACCGGUUCAAGCGGGAGCUGGACGGCAUCCAGGUGGAGCUGCAGGCCACCGACCCCAGCGAGAUGAGCAUGGACAUCGUCAAGGCGCGAGCCCUCUGAACUCUGAAGAGAAGCCGCGCCGCCGCUCGCGCGCGCAGCACGCAUGCCCCCCGGAUCGGCACACGUCGACCGGUGUCCUGCAUGUACCCGUGUGCCGUUUUUAUGCACCACCGGUGGUGUGCCAGUGUUCUGUUACUCCGUGUAAACUACUCUAGAUCAUUUUUCCUUCUCCGUUCAAGAUUUUAGACGGCAUGUCGAGAUAAUCCUUCAAUUCCUGCUGUUGCUGCCGAGGGUACAUGUAUGUCUACAGCUGCUAUGUGGGUCAGACUCCGUAUAGGCUGUGCCAUUUCGAAGAGAACUAAUGCAAGAUGAGAUUUUGGUUGCCC